AUGGUCACUCCUCUCCAUGUGAGUGUCUGCAUCACGAAGCCCCAGACUGAGUCUGUCUCCUUCCCUGUCCUGAGUCCGAAGCCUGAGGCUCCCUUGAACUCCAGGCAGCAGAGCAGCAGUGGAGCCAUCGCCCUUGGACAUGAUUCUGCUCAGACUCAGCACAGCCCAAUCACAGUGGGCAGCAGUAGAGUGCUGGGUGCCUGUUAUCUGUUUACUUUUACCAACAUUAUUUUCUUUUCCAGAAGGAAUGCAGGUUAUAUUGAAACACAAAAUCUUACACGUGUCUCAGAAUUCCAUCUCUUGGGAUUCUCAGAGGAUCCAGACCUACAGCCCCUCAUUUUUGUGCUGUUCCUGUCCAUGUACUUGGUCACAGUGCUCGGGAAUCUGCUCAUCAUCCUGGCUGUCAGAUCAGACUCCCACCUUCACACCCCCAUGUACUUCUUCCUCUGCAACCUGUCCUUGGCUGAUGUGGGUCUCACCUCUACCACGGUUCCCAAGGCGAUUGUGGAUGUCUAUACUCACAGCACAGUCAUCUCCUAUGUGGGAUGCCUGGUACAGAUGUCUCUCUUCAUCAUCUAUGGAUGCAUGGAUGAUUUGAUUCUGACAGUGAUGGCCUAUGACAGGUUUGUUGCCAUUUGUCACCCUCUUCAUUACCAGAUCAUCAUGAACCCCCGCCGCUGUGGUUUCUUAGUUUCAGUGACAGUUGUGGGCAGUCUUUUGGAUUCCCUGCUGCACAGUUUGAUGGUAUUGCAAGUUACCUGCUUCAAGGAUGUUGAAAUUUCCAGUUUCUUCUGUGAUCCUUCGCAGCUUCUCAACCUCACCUGCCUUGACACCAUCAUUCAUGACAUAUUCGUAUAUUUUAUUGGUGUUGUAUAUGCUUUUCUCCCUAUGUCAGCACUCUUCUUCUCUUAUUAUAAAAUCAUUUCCUCCAUUCUGAGGGUCCCAUCACCAGGUGGGAAGUACAAAGCCUUCUCCACCUGUGGCUCUCAUCUGACAGUUGUUGGCUUAUUUUAUGGAACAGGCCUUGGGGUCUAUCUCAGUUCAAAUUUCUCACUUUCUCUGGGGGAGGGUGCCUGGGCUUCAGUGGUGUACACUCUGGUCACCCCCAUGCUCAACCCCUUUAUCUACAGCCUGAGGAACAGGGACAUCAAGAGGGCCAUCUGGAGGCUCCUCAGCAACACAGUCUCAGUGCCAUGCAUUUGGGGUACUAGUUGCAAAGCAGCUAAACUGAGUGUCUAG